AAUCAAUGGAGCAUGUGCGAUCAUCAGAGAGAUAUAUUUAUGGACGGUGGCGAUUCCAUGAGGCUGUAUUCUCCUUCACUUUGUUGGCUUUAUGGUUUACAAGCAAUUCCAACUGGAAAGCGAUGUUUCUAUUCUGGGAAAGGUUGCAAGACUCUACCACGUACAGGUAGAAGGUGUAGUUGCCAAUCUGGUAUUCCAGCUCAAUGGACAGAUAACGAUUACUACACUACUAGACAAGCUCCUGUGAUGCCAUUAUCUCCAGCUAGAAUUGCGAAACCGAAAACAACUAUUCAAAAAGAUACGAAGAAAUUGGUGUCUCCACCGAAGCAAGAAGAGUUGACAGAGACAGGUUCAGGUGCUGCUAGAGCCAAACCCAAGAGAAAAACACAGCAGGAGUUUGUACCUAUGUACAAAGUUAUUUUGUUAGGAGAUGAAGAGUAUGACCAGGUUGCUGUGGUACAAGCACUAUUGAAGGUAAUCCCAAAGAUGGAACAGGCAGAAGCAAGAAGAAUAUUUCAUGAAGCACAGUCUACUGGGGAAUCGAUUAUAUGUAUUGUAGAAAAAGAACAUGCAGAGUUUUAUGCACAACAAUUGAAAAGAGAAGAAGUAUAUGUAAGAAUUGAAGAAGCUUAAUGCAUUUUUUCUUCCCAAAAGAGGCGCAAAAAAUGUAUGGCAAGUCGAACACGACGAACAUAGUUGCUUUCAUAGCACCGAGUCCUAUUUUGAUGGGGUUUAUAUAUAGUUUUUCAAGGGCUACUCGUGCUUUGAAUCUAUUUGAUAAGAGUAAAGUGUCUUGUUCAUGUUUACACCA